AUGGUGGGGAUAGUUUUGGCUCAGUACGAAGCUUCAUCAAAGACCUGUCCUCGCUGGUUGAAACUGAACAAGUCGCCGGUCUGCUUCGGUGCGCGGGGAGACCAGUUUGGUCGUUUUUCCUACCAUCGAAACAUCUUCGUGAGCUCGUUUAUGAUCGUGCACCGCUCGGGAAAGGUGUCGUCCGAUAGUCGCAAUUACAAUUACUGGGGAGGAACUUCCGAUGGUCGAGACCUUGGUGUCCUUUUGACCGAUCAGAGCAAUAAAUUACUGGCUCCACAGUCAUCGAUCGUCUCCAAGGGUGGAUGGUACAAACUGGCAGGUUACAGCGGUUCGUCGCCAGUCCUUCUGUUCUGUGUCUCAAAGAAGCCUCAGUGCGUCUUUGCCAACAGUGAGCUGCGUCUGUGGUAUGGAGAGGAUCUGCGCGGCCCUGCAAGCGAAAGUAAUAAUCGUGGCAAAUCAUGUGCUGACUUGUACGGCCUGUUGGCUUAA